UACCAGCGCUUGUUGAUGACGUUUCAGUUAUUCUAGCAGACGCAAUGGAGGUAGAGGCAACAAAUGAAGAUUGCUCCUGGCUUCCUUUUAUUCUUGAUAUUAUAAAAUGCAUGGAUAAAGACAGUAUGGAUGUGAACCAAGAGCUGACCAAGCUAAAGACUAAGAUUCAAGAGACCAGGGAGAAGAUCCUAGCCAUGCCUGAGAUAGAGUCCAGUCCUGGGGAGCAGCAGGAGCAGCUGAAGACCAUGAGAGAGAAGGUGGACACCAAGACACAGCUCCUACAAAAAUACAAGGGCCUCUGUGUGUUUGACUCUCCCAAAUCAUAGCGGGAUGGGGACAACAUUUUGGUGAAUGGAUUAUCAGGGCAUGGACAGAAAAGACUAUAAGUAUGGCAUCCAAACUAAUUUAGCUAGGUUUCACUGUUUGACUUCAAGUUAAAUAAUGGUGAGUGCAGCGUUCAGUCUGGUUUAACCAGGCUACAAAAGACUGACCUUUUUAUGCCAAAUGUGUUCAUCAUUCAGUGAAUUCAUAGCCUGGCUUCUUUCAAUUUAGAUAGGUACUGACUGUUUGGUAUAGGGCAAUUGUAGAACAGAAUUAUUAUCAAUAAGAAGUGUUAAAUAGUGUAUAUUUAGCCGAUUUUAUUGUUGUAUUGUAGAAAUAAACACAUUUCAUUGGGC